AUGGUAGUGGAAAUUGAGGAUGAAGAUAUCUACGAGAAGCUGAAUUACUGGAGCACUAAUUUGAUUGGAUAUGUGCUGGGAGAUUCCCCAUACUUCAAAACAAUGGAAAACUAUAUUGCUCAUGGAUGGAAUUUUAUUUCUAAACCACAGGUUUUGUAUUACGAUGAUGGCUAUUAUGUGUUUAAAUUUGCAUCUGCAGCAGAUAGACACCUAGUGAUGCAAUCAGGACCAUAUAUGUAUAGGAAUAGGCAAAUGAUAUUGAGGAAUUGGUCUUUGGAUUUUGAAUUCAACCCUGAGUGUUUAAGCAAAAUUCCUUUGUGGGUCAAGUUUCCCAGCCUCCCAUUAGGAUAUUGGUCGAAGAAGGAACUGAGUAAACUAGCAAGCGUUGUGGGAAAGCUGUUGUACACUGAUAAAUGCACUGCUGAAAUAGAAAGAAUAUCCUAUGCCAGGUUCUUGGUCGAAGUGGAUAUCAGCCACCCCCUUCCAGAGCAGGUGGAAUUGAACACCCCAAUAGGGGUCCUACAACAGGAAAUAAGAAAUGACUGGAUUCCCAAAUUCUAUGUAGAUUGCAAUGUUUAUGGGCAUACGGUGAAAAUUGUCUAUAUAAGCUAA